GCAGCUUAGCUUGCGUGCGCGCUUAUUCACGCAACCAACCACAAUACUCUGAUUUGCUUGCGUGUUUCAUCCUGGCAGGUCCCCAAAUAACCAACCUAGAACCUGGUCUUUGAAUAACUAGUUACCACCCUCAAACGUGUCAUCUUGUCACUGUGGGUGUUAUACCCUGCAAGAAUGUCCAUCGUAGUGAAAAGCGUGUGCAAGGCGUUGGAACGAAUCGCACCGCUCCGGCUCGCUGAGCCAUGGGAUAAAGUAGGCCUCAUCAUAGAAUCUCCUGUCCCGAGGGCCGACGCAAAGCGUGUAGUGUUGACGAUAGACCUGACUACCGCUGUCCUCGAGGAAACACUAAAAGUGCCCACAGCACUAGUUAUAGCCUACCAUCCGCCCCUCUUUCAAUCUACUACUUCUCUCACAUUGGCAAACCCGCUGCAAGCAUCCCUGCUCAAGCUCUCGGCCGCAGGGACGUCGGUAUUCUGCCCUCACACAAGUCUCGAUUCGACAUGGGGUGGUAUCAACGACUGGCUCGCAGAAGGCGUUACGGGUCCCCAGAAGGCCACUGCAAAAGUAAACAUCCUAGGGGAAGUCAAGGGAGAAGCAGGUGGUGCCGGCCGGAUCGUGACGCUUGAUGAACCGAUUCCUAUCGAGGAACUCGUGCAGAGAGUAAAGAAGCAUCUUUCUUUGUCGCAAGUUGACGUAGGAAGGCCACCCACUCAAAAAUUGGUCAAAUCGGUUGCAAUUUGUGCUGGUGCCGGAGGAACGUUACUUUCAGGAGUCGAUGCUGAUGUGUAUCUUACGGGCGAAAUGCAACAUCAUGAUGUCCUUGGAGCAGUGGCAAGGGGUCGAUACGUCAUACUAUGUGGACAUACAAACACCGAGCGUGGAUACCUCCCUGUUCUGGCAAAAAAGCUUUUGGACGCACUCUCCGAAAUUGUGCAGGACGAGUCGCCGAAUGGAUUAUCGCGAGAAGAAAGAAUCGAGAUCGAGAAGUACCAGCUGGACAUCCAUAUCAGCGAAGCAGACAGGCACCCUCUUGAUCACAUGUAAACAAACACCGGUGUACAGCAGUGCACCGGAAGGUUUGGGUAUUUGAUUAUACAAGUACUAUAUAUAAUAUUGGGCGAGUCUUCUUUGACGAAGCAGUAUGGUCAGAUCUGUCACCUGCCGGAAGCUCAAAUUGCCACCAUCAAAUGCAAAGGCAAAAUGCGCAUGCUACACUUGUCCUACUCGUAAC